AUGGUCGACCUGUCGGCUGCCGCGAAGAGCUCCUUUGCUGCGGCCCUGCAUCGGCUCAAGGGCGGCCUUGGCAGUGCCCAAGAGUUGGUUGAGGUCAUCCUUUCCGUAGAUGCUGAGCUUCUGAUCCAUGAAAAGGCAGAAGUGGAGGCCGAGCUCUCCGGAGGGACCUGCAUCGUCAUGCGCAUCGAGGGCAUCGGCCAGGCCGCGCGAAGGUUGGCAGUAGCACACCUUGGCGACUGCCGAGCGGUCCUUGGAAGGAUCAAGAGCUCCAACGGCAGCGCGCACGGCUCUGAGUCUCAGCCCAGUUGGACAACCUUGCGGCUCACGGAGGAUCAUCGGCCAGGAGAGGCUUUGGAGGCUGCGCGGCUCAUCUCCUGCGGUGGCCGCGUGCAGAAGAUGCCGGGGCCCGCGCAAGUGGACCCUGCCAACCUCGGCCCUCCGAGGCUUUGGCACCGGCAGCGGGGCCAGGCGCCGGGGCUGGCCAUGAGCCGCGGGCUGGGGGAUACCUUGGGCAAGGCGUGCGGCCUCUCGCCAAAGGCGACGUCGCUGGACAUGGAGCUAACUUUGGAGGACGCUGUGGUUGUUUUGGGCUCGGACGGCGUCUUUGAUGUGCUUUCUGAUGCGGAGGUGUUGCACUGCUGCCGGCAGUUCAUCGAAGGAAAAGACGCAACCAAGGCGGCGGAGGCGGUGGUUGCGUCGGCACGGCGUGCCUGGCAACAGCGAGGCCCGUACGUGGACGACUGCACCUGCGUAGUGCUGUUUCUCUGA